AUGGCGAUUCACGAUAUUUCGGCCCAAGGGCUGAUUCAAACUGCGAGAGACGGUCUGUCGGAGUUGACCUGGACCACGACCUUUGCUGUGUUUGUGUUUUCAUGCAUCGCGACCCGCGUCAUCUCGGGGUUACAGAGCCGCCAGCGUGUCCAUGAUCCAGCAGAGCCUCGAACUUCACGAUUAGCGCCUUACUGGUUCCCAUGGGUCGGUCAUGGUAUUUCAUUCCUCUGGGAUCAUCAGGGUCUUCUUGGAUCAUUACGUGACUCUAUGGGCGAGUCUGUAUUUGGCGUCUAUCUACGUGGUGAAACUCACGAUACCGUGAUCUCACCAUCAAUGAUGAAAACCAUUCUUUCUUCCCAGGACGCAUCUAGUACCCCCUUACUCGAUCAGGCCCUCCAAAAUGUCUUUGGCGAUCGCAGCCUUAUUCGAAACUUGCGACUGGCCCGUAACCAGGAAGUCAGUGAUGAUGUAUCUGGAAUCAUGAGCCGAGAGCCAUUCAUCAGUGAUGCCUCGACCGCGAUCAUCAACAUGUUGCAGCGCAACGUCGCAAAUUUAGUCAGCUUUAGCCGAAGCCCAGUCGACCAAUUCCAAUGGGAACGCGAUGGCCACGUUUCCACGUCCGAGGAAAACCAAUCCACCUGUGAGGCAAGGCUCUUCGAGCUCAUCAGGAGCUUUGUCGGUCAAAAUCUGAGCACUUUUCUCAUGAGCGAGGCUUUUGUGGAGAACUUCCCUCUUUUCCUCACUGAUUUGUGGACGUUGGAUAAAAACUUCGUCCCAUUAUUCUUGGGUCUACGUCGAUGGGUACCCACAACCCCGAAUAUUUCCGCGGGCUUUCCCGCACGCGAUCGACUGCUUCAUAUGAUGUCGGUAUUCUACCGGGCAUUCAACGCCUGGGACGAUGGAAUCGACCCCGGCAUCGAGCUCCGCGAACUCGACGACGUAUCCGACCUGGUAAAGGAGCGCAUGAGGACCUUCCGCAAACUAGAACUCUCCCCGAGCGCUAGUGCAGCAGGCCACCUAUCUCUAUACUGGGACGUGAUCGAAUAUACAUCCAAGAUCACGUUCUGGACAAUCACCCACAUCUUCGCAGACAGCGAGCUCCUCAAAGAAAUCCGAAAGGAGAUUUCUACCUGCGUCAAGUCAUCUCGACCAAGCCGUCAAGAAACCGGCUUCCCCUUCGAGGAGCCGCCCAGACUCGACAUGGACCUUGAAAAGGUACUGGACUCAUGCCCGCUCCUCAAGGCAUGCUACUACGAGUCCAUCCGUCUGCACUCUGCAGGUAUUUCGUUCAGAAAACUCGAAACAGAUAUGACUCUUACCGAGUCUACGGAAGACGCCACCCAGCCGCGUACAUAUAAGCUCCGUAAGGGUGAGAAUGUCAUUAUGCCUCAUGGUGUCUACCACAAUGACCCGCUGCGGUUCUCGAACCCGGAUCAGUAUGAUCCUCUCCGCUUUAUCGUGACGGAUUCUGUGUCUGGCACCAAGCGGGCCAAUGCUGCUAGCCUUGCACCUUUCGCAGAUGGAUUGUAUGGUUGCAAGAAUAAUGCUCUUACCGAGCGGGCGAUCCUGGCGUUCACUGCGGGCAUUGUUUCGAUGUGGGAUAUUACUUCUACUGAUGAAAAUGGUCUGGUGGUCCCGAAGAAUUGGACGACGUGGGGGACUUUCCAGCCUGCCAAGGAUGUAAAGGUGAAGAUGCAGUUGAGAGUGUAA